AUGGAAGCUUCUUCCCGUCUACUUCGCAGAGGCCCUGAAAGCUUGGAAGAUAUUGAACUUCAACAGCGUCCACUCGCAUGUUCAAAUCCCCACAUAACUACAGGACUCCAGAGAACCAAGAGGUCAUACAAAGUCUUCUUUUUAAUGCUUAUCUUCUGGAGUUGUGGCCUGGCUUUUGUCAUAGGCCACCAUUACUUCUUCAUUAGGCUUGACCAGAAGACGGUUAAGGAAACACUAAGCCAAAACCAUCAAUCCGCGGCAGCAAACUUCUUUGCUCUCUUUGUUGACGUUAGUCUCAUUGCAGGUCUCGGAGUUGCCUAUAAUCAGAUCCUCUGGAGCCUCCUACGUGAAAAGGCAUUUUCAACCCAAGUCAUAGAUAAAUUGGUUCACCUACAUGGUAGCCCAUGGGAGUUGAUACACCCGAGCAUUUUGCGGCGAAUGUUACACAUCAAAAGACUUGUGGUAAUUACUCUUCUCUGCGCGGGGAUCCCAUUUGCACUCGUCUUCCCACCUGGCGCGGUGACCACCGAUUUUCAGAAUCAGCAGAGGGAAACGUUGCAGAACGUCAGAACGAUGAAUAUAAGUGACUAUGGCAAUGGAACCAUUCAACAGUUUGUUGAACAUUCACUCUUUGAGGUGAACGGCGACUUGAACUAUAACCAAUUAUGGGUAAGACCGAAACUCAAGGCAAUUGCUGCUCAAGUCCUGGCCUCAGGCGAGCCAGUCAAAUUUGAUUCACCUUGUGGUAGCGCGUGCGUUUACAACAUUUCUCUUGACGGGCCCGGUUUCCAAUGCGAGGAGCCCGAGGAGAAGCCCCAGAGGUGCGGUCUUAUCUAUGAGGCUGUAGACAUGGCUGGUUUCCUCCCCAAACCGAUGUAUGCCAUUGGUUAUAACGCCUUCAAGAUAUUCUGGGACCCAAAGCCAAAGCCAGACGACUGCGACCUUAAGUCUCGUCGCAGCCUCGUCUGCACUAUGAAGCUUGCGACUUACACACUUCAGAUCGAACACUCUUCUGACGCAUCACGCUCGAUUGAGACCAAAGUUCACAAUUACCGAGAUGUGUGGACUAACGAUGCUUGGAUUCAGGCCCAGUUCUUUUCUUAUUUUUUCGACGGCUCUGGGCCUCGCACCCAGCCAGCUCAUUUAGAUGAGUUGCACACUAAUUUCACCAAUUCUCAAGCAUUUGCAAUUAGGCAAGUAGCCAUAGAUGCUCUGACGGGUGAAGUGGAUCUAAUGCUGGAUGCUGGUGCACUAUCCUUCCAUGGAAACGGGACAAAGAUCAUAGGGAGUCAAUAUAUCGGCCUCGACGACAAAUACAACCCUCAAUUCAAUAUUUCAGCCAAAAACAUAGAGAACUUCCUGCAGGACGUUGUGAUAUCGACGUUAUCACUGGGCACCUCGAUACAUGACGGGGAUAUCGAUGCGUUAGUCGGAGCCGAGGUAUACCUCUUCAACGCAAAGCCGCAGUUUUACUGGCCUUAUGGUUUGUGUCUCGGUGUGGCGCUUGUGAUUAGUGCCUAUGGCGCCUUGUGCUGGUGGCGGAAUGGGUCGUCUGCUGGGAGUAGCUUCCUCCAGUUCGCGACAACAACAGUUUCAAGUAAGGCUUUGAACAGACUUGCGAGUCAAUGUCCGGGAGGGGACGAGGGUGUUUCCAAGGAGCUAAAGGAACUUGAGCUGAAGUUUGUCAAUGGUAGCUUUGUUGCCAGAAACGAAAUGAUUACUCGGACGUAG